AAAUCACGAGUAAUCGAAUUCACGUUCAAAGCUUGAGAUAAAGGCUUCGACGUAAAAAGCCACUACCAACUUCAGUACUAGAUACAAAUACAGUCCAAUAGGAUGAAGUUUAUGUUUUUCCUGGGUCUUUUGGCAUUUGGCCAUGUUUCAGCGAACCAAGUUCCAGUGUUCCAAUUCGAAACACUUUUAUAUAAUAUGGAGCACGAUCGCAGCGAGUUUGUUCAGGAAGCCGUGAAAAAUGUGGGAGCUUUCAUCAUUUCUGGCCUGCCUAAUAGUGAAGAAUACACCCUAGCCUUAGAGCACCUCCAAACCGAUGCACGAAACUGUUUGGACACGUCUAAAAAUGUGGUCAAGGCUAAUUAUGGAACUGUGGAACGAAUCACCAGUGCACUCUUCAGUGAGGAUGAGACCACUGCCCAUCCUGAAUGUUUGAACACACAGGCUAUUGAAAGUGGCUUCAACGAGGUUGGAAUACUGGUCAAGAAUUUGAUUGGCAUGAUCAACGAGGAAUUGCCGUUUUACUACGAGGACAGAGACACCCGAACUUUGGCUCGAACUUAUUUGUCUAACGCCCCUUAUUUGGACCAUGUUCAUCUUUACAAGCAAAUUGAGGAUCCCUCCCAAGAAUUUGGAACAUUACCCCUACACCAAGAUAAUGGUCUUUUUCUUCUGGUUACACCCUCUAAGAUUCAACCUUUGAUGAUAAAGGACAACCAAGGGAACAUGUUAACUGCUAAUGAAGGAGAUGUGAUCGUGGUAUUUGGUCGGGCUAUGGAUGAAUGGUUGUUCCAAAACGAGCUCACUCAAAGAUUCCAAGCUGCUCCUCAUGGUGUUCCAGCCAUGGUCAAAGGUGAAGACCGUGUGGUCUACGCCCGCAUGUAUGUGGCUCCCACCAAGGCUGUCCCUGACUUCGCACCCAACACCAAAACGUUUGGAGCCAUUUUCUACGACAAUGGCCCCGCAGCUCAACACGUGUCGGAUCUUUGUUCAUCCGGGGGCGAAUUCAUUCAAGCAACCCGCGACAUGUGUCCCGAGGGCACUGAAUAUUGCUGGAUGGCUUGUUUGCCCAUUUCUGAAGGGUGUCCUUUGGAGAAUCAGCAAUGCAAUAAUUCAGGGGGAGAAUCGUGCUGUCUGGAAGGGCAAACCACCGCUGAUGGAUGUUUGGACAUGGAUACGUCUUGCACUUGGGCGUGUGCCACUAAAGAUGUGUAAAUAUACCAAUUCAUUGAUUGCUUACCAUAAAGGUCUUCUCUAACACA